AAAAGCUCGAGAAGCUUCCUGCACUCUGGCAGUUACCAGCUCUGGAAAUUCUUCACCUGACAGGAUUGGAAAGUUUACAUUGUUUGUGCAGCGGCGCUACUACAGCCGUCACAUUUCCAAAACUGAAGGCACUUUUCUUGUUUAGGAUGCCAAAAUUUGAGGCAUGGCUGGACACAGAUGUGGUACAAGGAGAAGAGACAAUAUUUCCCAAAGUUGAGGAGCUGGAGAUCUGGGCGUGUGGAAGUUUGACUGCACUACCGAAAGCAGCAUCAGUGAUUGCGGAAUCGUCUGGCGGAGUUGAUACUAAGUGCCGCUCUGCAUUUCCAGCACUGAGGAAGCUAGACUUAUUUAAUCUGUCGGCUCUUGAGAGAUGGGGUGCAGCCGAAGGAACUCCAGGAGAAGAGGUAACAUUUCCUCUGCUGGAGGAGUUGAAAAUUGAUGCCUGCCCGAAGUUGACUGGUCUCCCUGAAACACCCAAGCUAGGUAAAUUAGCCAUAGAAGGAUAUGAGCAACAAAUAUCCCUGCAGGCAGCUAGCAGAUGCAUUCCUUCGCUGUCCAGUCUGAGUCUGGAAGUGUCACCCGAUGACACGGAAACAACAUUGCUGCAUGUCAAGCAGAAAUGGGAUCAUGAACUCCCCCUGGCAGCUAUGACGCUAACUAGGUGCGACCUUUUGUUCUCCUCCCACCCAGGUGCACUAGCGUUGUGGACAUGUUUUGCACGGCUUAUAGAUUUGAGAAUUGGGGGUUGCGACGCUCUUGUCUACUGGCCAGAAAACGUGUUCCAGGUCCUGGUAUCCCUAAGGAAGUUAUCGAUUUCGAGUUGCAGCAAACUGACAGGACACACACAAGCUUCUGACAGGCAAUCUGCUCCAGAACGGGGUGGACUCCUGCCAGGUCUGGAAUAUCUAUGGAUAAAUGAUUGCACAUCUUUGGUGGAGGUCCCCAACCUGUCGGCAUCUCUCAAGGAAUUACAUAUUAGUGGCUGCAGUGAUAAUAUCAAGUCCAUCAUAUUCGUACAGCCGGACACGUCAUCAUUAAUUCCAGGGUCCAGCGGUAGUGAGGCCACGGCGUCUACAGCUGUACUCAAGCUGUCAUCAGCAGCCAACCAUCGCUCCCUUCCGUGCCUAGAAUUUCUACGUAUAUUCAAAUGCGAUCGUUUGUCAGAGGUUGCCAAUCUUCCUCCGUCUAUCAAGAUCUUGGGCAUUUAUCAGUGCGGCAACCUUCAAUCCCUAUCAGGAAAGCUAGAUGUCGUCCAAAGAUUAAAUAUUAAGUCCUGCGGUAUGUUGGAAUCACUGGAAUCUUGCGUAGGAGAGCUGCGGUCGCUGGAAGAACUUAGGCUUGAUGGUUGCGAAAGCCUGGUGUCCUUACUGGAUGGGCCUCAAGCAUACUCAUCUCUUAGAGUUCUUGAGAUUCGUGGUUGUGAUGGUAUAAAGUUGCUUCCGUGGAGCCGACGGAGCCGUUUGGAUUGCCUCGAGGAGAAACUUAUAGAUGCCCGUUACAAAGAAAUGACUUGGAAACGUGCAAUCAGGACGCUGGCGUGCUCGAAAUAGCAGGUUGAGGACCUAAUAAAGAAAGUUACCAUCAAGUUUUUUUUUUAUGGGAUAUCACCACGGAUUGUUGUUACCAGACCUGCAAAUGAUGGAUUAUUGUGACCGUGGUAGAAUAUAUUACCUACGCUUUCUGAAGAUAAUCUCCAGUGAAGUCAAGUCCAAGUCCUUGAUUUUGAGCAGAAACAAGUCAUAGAAUGCAAGCUGAAGAAUUUGUAGCAUUUGGAGCUUCAUGCUCCAGUUUGUUAUCCUUCAUUUUCUUUUCUUUUGAACUAUGAUGAGUUUGAGUUCAGUGUCUGCUCCAGCACAAGCGAAACACAGCUAGCACUUUCUUUUCAUACACCGCUGAAGAUACUCAUGUUGUUGUACGUCAAGCCGUUGUUUAAGCUGCUGCUUGAAAUGCACUUAAAUUGCUAAAUAUCCCA